UUAGAAAGUGACUGGUUCGAAUCGAAAUAAUUCAGAGCUGGACAUUAAUCCCUCCAGGUGUAGCAUGUAAUCGUUCUGAUAACAUUUAGCCAUCCCCAGAAGCUCCCCAGAAAGUAAGAGAGAGUUUUGUGUAGAAAAUUAGUCGAGGGUCGAGAAAGGUUUCCGUAUAAAACCGUAGAAGAUGAAUCCUCAAGUGCCGCCGUUCGAAAGUCCUCAACCCCAAGAUUCAGAGCUCAGGUGCUUGCCAUGUCGAGUUCCCGGUUGUGCAUGCGCAUCCUCUUUGGAGUUAUCAUUUGUCUGGGACAUAUUCAUAUUUCACCUCUGAAGGCAUUUGCACAGACUUGGUGUGUAGCCAAUCCAUCGUUAGGUUAUGAUACUCUCGAAAACGUGGAAAGCUAUGCAUGCAAUUACGUAGAUUGCUCUUCAAUUCACAGCGGAGAUCCAUGCUUUGUCCCCUCGAACUUGUUUAGUCGUGCAUCCUUUGCCAUGAAUGCUUACUUCCAACAGGAACAUGAUUGCACAUUUAGUGGCUCUGGACUCAGAUCUAUUACUGAUCCAAGCUACGGAAACUGCAAAUUUGUAGGUUCAGAAGAAAUGAUUACUGCUCCAGCAGCUCUGAGUAAAUGGUGUAUUGCAAAGCCAACUGCCCCUUACAGUUUACUACAAAUGAACAUUGACUUCGCUUGUAGUCAAGUCGACUGUAGCGUAAUUCAAACCGGUGGUGAAUGCCAAUUACCAGACACUAUAAUGAACCACGCGUCUGUUGCCAUGAAUCUUUACUACCAAUCAUUUGGCAGAACAGAUUUGAGCUGUCAUUUCAAGUCGACCGGCAUGAUUGUGAUUGACGAUCCAAGUUUUGGAACUUGUUUAUACAAAAGAAAAGGGAAGGAAGGAGGUGCUGGUGUGAGACUCGUAAAAAAGCACGGGAAAUCUAGUGUCAUUUUAAAAUUGAUAGUUGCGUCGAUAAUUACUUUUGGGUUGGUAGGGACUGUAACUGUUGUGUGCGUGUGCCGGCGUUCUCGGAAUCCCUCACAAGCAAUAAAAAGUGAGAUGCAACACAUGCCAACCCCAGCCCCCUCUCAGUCCCAGCCACAGCCAUCAUGUUCAGUGACAGUAUCAGUUCCCUGUGAGGCGGUAUCAGUUCCUCUCAGUCACCCUCCCGGUCCUUCUCAAACACAACCCAAGAAAGACGACGGCCAACUUGACAUUUUUAUUUCAGGUAAUCAAGUCAAUGGAAACAAAGGAGACCAUAAUGGACAGUUCUCCGUUGGCAACACUAUACACAAGACUGUCCAUAUCAGCAUUUAGUAAUUAAUGUUAAAACAUAUUGAAGAUUUGGGCAAGAUAUGGUUAGAGAAGAUUUGAUGAAGAUAUGGUUAACUUGCAAUUUACAUUUGUACAUGUGGUGAAUCCUCCAUUAUUGCAAAGCAAACAUGGUGGUCCUGCUGCAGCGUGGUACAAUCAGUCUUUUUUUCAUGAAUUAAUCAAGUGCAUGGUGAAGUAUGGAGUCUCCUUGUUAGGGCCAUACUUUCUUCUGUUGUAAUCAGUUUAGUACAUACUUUCCUUAGUCCUUUUUUCUCUUUCCUUUGUCUAUAUAUAUACUCAUUCUUGUAAAGGUUCAGCAA